AUGCAUCUCUCUAGAAAAGGCUAUGCCUCAUCCUGCUCCGUGUGGAUUAUCAUCAUGAUGAUGGCAGUAUUUAUGAGUGUCGUUUUUUCCGAGAAGGUUUCAUCACAAACGACAAAUACAUUCAAGAUUUGGCCACUUCCAGAGCAAUAUUCCACUGGAUCAAUUAUUGGAAUUAUUCCUAAUUGGAAGAGUUUUAAUAUUGUGUUUCAGGAAAAUCCACUGAGCCAAGGUGAUUAUGACAUUAUUUCUGAUGCCUUGACUAGAUAUGGGUCAAUGAUUUUCUUCUCUGAGAAUGUAGAUUCUUCAUCGAAUUGUCCUGACUCUUUCAACCAUACGACUGUUUUUUGUGUAACACAGGCUGUGUUAACUGUCAAUUAUCCAAGCAAGGAUAUGAUCCCAGAGCCUUAUCUUGGAAUGGAUGAGAGCUAUAUAAUUAACAUUAAUCCCUCUCAAGGAUAUGCCCAAUUAACAGCAAAUACAGUGUGGGGCGCUUUGCGUGCUUUGGAAUCCUUUUCACAAUUAAUUACACCAGUCGAUAACUUGAAUGGAAUUAGCUUUGGCAAGAAAUACUAUACCUUUGGAGAGUUGUUGCCAAUUGUUGUGAAGGACUCACCACGUUUUAAAUGGAGAGGCUUUCUAGUGGAUACUGCACGUCACUAUUAUUCGGUAAAGAAACUCUUGCAAAUUAUUGACUCUCUUGCCUACAUUAAGAUGAAUGUAUUCCAUUGGCAUAUUGUUGAUGCUCAAAGCUUCCCUUUGGUUGUGAAUGGCUAUCCAGAUUUAAGUGGAAAGGGAGCAUACCAAAAACAAGCGAUCUAUAGUGGAGAAGAUAUUCUUGCCAUCAUUGAAUAUGGUCGAAGAAGAGGUGUUAGAGUUGUUCCAGAAAUUGACGUACCAGGUCAUGCUGGUAGUUGGGGAUUUGGCUAUCCAGAAAUUACAGCCAACUGUCCAAGCUAUGCACACAAUAUCAAUAAUAUCCCUCUCAACAUAGCAAAUCCAAAGACUUACGACGUGUUAGCUGCAGUUGUCAAACAGCUCACCCUCAGUGGAUUUACAGAUAAGUAUUAUCAUUUUGGAGGUGAUGAACUAGUGAUGGGUUGUUGGCUUGAGGAUCCUGCAAUUAGAAACUUUAUGAAGCAAAAAGGAUUUACUCAACCAGUUCAAUUACUCUUCUACUUUGAGGACAUGUUAAGGAACAUUUAUUUACCAUUGAAUAAGACAAUGAUUUGUUGGGAAGAACUUGCCCUCGAGUACGGUUAUUCAGUUCCCAAAGACACGAUCGUGCAUGUUUGGAAAGAACGUAAAACCCUACUAGAUGUUGUGAAAAUGGGUUAUCAAACCUUGUUGAGCGGAGGGUGGUAUCUUGACCAACAAAUUCCAAACCGUAAUCAAACAUUUUAUGAAUGGGUGGAUACUUGGAUUAAUUUCUAUCUCAAUGAUCCAACUGAGGGGUUCGGUAUGCCAGAAUCUCAAAAGAAGCUUGUACUUGGAGGUGAGGGAGCUAUGUGGAGUGAGCAAGUGGACGAUGCUAAUUUUGACUCACGUGUCUUUCCUCGUACUCUUGCAAUUGCUGAAAGAUUAUGGAGUCCAAGCUCUGUAACCGAUGUCACCAGUGCAAGAGUUAGAAUGGAGUAUGCUCGCUGUAAUGUAUUGGUUCGAAGAGGUGUUGCUUGCGGUCCAGUCAUGCCAGGUUAUUGCCAAGCAACCUAUGACAAUUUUUAA